GUCGCAAGCGAGAAAUGCCCAUGGGCAUGCACGCCAUGGCAAUCCGCAAUCUGCCUCUGCUGCUUUGCUUUGCACUGCACCUGCACGCUGCACCUGCAGGUGCGCCGCCGCCCGCCCCAUUGCCGGCCGCCGGCCUUUUUGCGCUGAUCCAGCCGCCCUUGCUCUUUGUGGUCUGCGGAUUCGCUCAGAGAGCUGUUGCUGGCUGGCUGGCUGGCAUGGUUCUUGUGGUCUUGGAGCUGCCAAGGUGAGGCCAGGUCUCGCAUUCGCCAA